UAGCGAGGUCGUCUGUCCCUCAUAGAGAACACUCCAGUCAUUACUCGAAAAAGUAAUCCCGUUACAAACCCCGACCAACAGGACUGAGUAUCAAACCGAAGCGCAUCGCUAUUGGACGCAGUGAGGGUUGGACUCGAGCACCCCGUUUGCUGUUAUUCAAACGCAGGGAGCGCGUGCGGCCAGUCGCUCCUCGUUGCGCGCUGGAUAUGGAUCAGGACUCUGCGCGCUUCCCCACUGUCUCCCGCGGACAGGCUGCACUCUGCGGCGCAUAAAAGGUUUCCAAAUGAACCGCCGCCCUCCCGGCUCCUCCGGCGUGCAAUGGCUUAACAGGAGAGACAUGAAUGUUCGGACGGAUGACAGCGUCACUCUGUGCCAAAGGGCUCUCCAAAUCGUUACGGAACUUUGUCUCGCGGGACACGUAGACCGGGAGAAAUGUUCGGAUAUAUUCCCCCUUGAGAGCAACAUACCAGGUAAAGGACACGCAGACAUCUCUAUUAGUCUCCUUGCUGUGGUCGUGGGUUUCUGUGGCCUCGCCCUGUUGGUAGUCUCUCUCUUUGUCUUUUGGAAGCUGUGUUGGCCCAUCUGGAGGAGCAAGGCUCUGUCAGCCCACGCUGAAAAUGUGCUCCGUGGGGGUUUCCCCGAGGCACCCCCACCCAACUCCCCCCCGGUUACUGAGUUUAAAGUGGCGGAGGUGGAAAAGAAACAGCCGCCUGAAGUGAAGGUGAAUGGACGGAGCUCAGUCAAGCUACUGGAGGCAGCCAUGAAGAUCAGCCAAACGUCUCCAGACAUCCCUGCCGAGGUCCAGACAGCUCUGAGGGAGAAGCUCAGCCAGCAGGCUAAAAUCCAGAGGCAGACCACCGAGCCAACCUCCUCCUCCAGGCACAAUUCAUUCAGGCGCCACCUGCCUCGUCAGAAGAAUGUCACCAGUGUUGACUUCACCAUGGACACAGUGCCUCUCCGCCAGUCCUCUACUGUCAGCAUUGGAAGAAUAAAACCUGAACUCUACAAGCAGAAGUCUGUGGACUCAGAAGAGGCCAAAGAGCCUGUGGAGACUUGUGGAAAGCUAAGCUUUUCGCUUCGUUACGACUACGAGGAGCAGGCUUUGGUGGUGAGGAUCCUGAAAGCUUUGGAUCUGCCUGCCAAAGACUUCACAGGCACCUCUGACCCGUAUGUGAAGAUCUACCUGCUACCCGAGAGAAAGAAGAAGUUCCAGACUCGAGUUCAUCGCAAGAAUCUAAACCCCACAUUUGACGAGACCUUCUGUUUCCCCGUAGUAUACGAUGAGCUUUGCAACCGCAAGCUCCAUUUCAGCGUCUACGACUUUGACCGAUUCACCAGCCACGAUAUGAUUGGGGAGGUGGUUGUGGACAACCUCUUUGAACUCUCUGAUCUUUCCAGGGAGGCGGUUGUUUGGAAGGAUAUUCAUGCAGCAACCACAGAGAGUAUCGAUUUGGGAGAGAUCAUGUACUCGUUGUGCUACCUCCCCACAGCAGGGAGAAUGACCCUAACAGUCAUCAAAUGCAGAAACCUCAAAGCCAUGGACAUCACAGGCUCCUCAGAUCCAUAUGUGAAGGUCUACUUGAUGUGUGAUGGACGGAGGUUAAAGAAACGAAAAACAACAAUUAAGAAAAGCACACUUAAUCCGGUGUACAACGAGGCUAUCAUCUUCGAUAUUCCCCCGGAGAAUGUGGAACAAGUCAGUCUGUCCAUCAUGGUCAUGGAUUAUGAUCGUGUUGGACACAAUGAGGUGAUUGGCGUGUGUCGUACGGGGCCAGAUGCUGAAGGGCUCGGACGAGAUCACUGGAACGAAAUGUUGGCUUAUCCACGGAAGCCCAUCACGCACUGGCAUGCUCUAGGAGAGGAAAACACAGUGGCCUGGAAGAGCAGCAAGCUUUGAGAGUCAAGGUUCAUGUCCUUCACCCAAACCUCCACAUACACCCUGAUGAUCACAGGUGGAGUGCCAGCAUCACCUCUGUAAGAAACCAGAUGUUUGUUUGCCGACAAGCUAUGUUGCCUAUCACCCUUUUGAGCGGAUUGAAUUCAUGUUUCUAUGUUUGUACUGAAAUUUAUUCAUUUGAAUGCAAGUUCUUCAAGUGCUCUACAGAGAUGGCUAUGCACAGCACUCACAGUCAUUCAAAGUUUGUUUUUCAUACGUGUGCUUUGGAAACGUAUUUGACUAACAUUUACACAGACCACAUGAAUGGUAGGCCUCACUGCAACAAGUUGUGGUGGUUAACUUGCAGCGUUAUCAGUUUUUUUCAGUAUCAGAGCAACAUUUUUCCAGCCCUCAAGCUCUUUAGUGCGUUACCAUUUUAGUUUGAAAUGGCACAAAGUUUAAGGGCUAUGCUGCUCAGUACCACAAAAAUAUUUACUUGAUGAAAAACACUUGUGGAAUCAAGCGAGUCAUGCUCUAGGUUUUAUUUGGGAAUGCAGGUAACUGAGCCUCUGCAAGGGCUGAGAAAUCUCAGUAAAUAUAUCAGUCACAGCUGUCACAGAUGUGUAAAACAGAAUAGCCAUCACUCUGCAGGACUCUCAUAUUUGGAGAAACAGUAGCUGGUUCAUGUAGCAUAUGUACAGAAAGAUCAAAUUAAAGUGUGUCUAAAUGAACUUCAGACUAAAUUGGUUUCUUAAAAUUGGCCACAAUGAAAUGACAAAUUCAGCUUUAUUUUUGUACACACAGAACAACCUUAUUUCAUAACUGCAAACACAAGCAGCAGUAUUAUUUAGAAACAAUUAAACUUACCCUCUAAUUAGUCCAGUAACACUGAUAUUGAAACUCCCACGUUCAUUAUUGUAGGGUGUUCACUUCAGAACGCAUGGAGAUGACCGCUGUCGUGGACUGUGAGAUUUGGCAGUUCGUUCCCACUUGAAUGUUCAUUUUCACGCAACCACAGGCAGGUUUUGUAAACACAUCUGUUUGUCCUCUGUGUAAACUUUUGAUGUGCAACAUUAAAAAUAAAACUGUUGUUCUUUUUAAACAUACAUAAUGAAGCAUAGUGAACAGAAUAAAAAAGUAGUGACAUCUUAGAUUUCUUAUAUUAACAGUAAUAAUUAGGCAAAUUAACCUGUACUGGAGUACAAGAAUAAUGCCGCGCCGUCUCCAUAUAUCAUUAAUUUAUAAGGUUGCUAAAUUUUUCUUUGGGAGACGGAGCUUUAGCUGCAAUCUUUUAGCAUUUGAUUGCGCUUUUAGGAUCCCUGCAUUAUAUUGACAUUUUAAAUCGAGUCAGUGGGAAACAUUAAAGAGUUAGUAUUUUAAAUACUCAGAUAGCUAGCAUAGUUAAUAAGCUAGCUGCAGCCGCUAAUAGUAUAAAAGAUCAACAUAGCUGCUGUGAAGCCUCGAGGUUCACAGUGUUACACAGUCGCUGAGAUUGCCGUGGCAUUAGCCAAGGAGCAUACUCUAGUUAACCUGCCUUUUUAAUUAAUAAUUUACCAAACUAUAAUUUACCAAAUGAACUUCAUGUUUUAUUCACUAAAGCUUGAAACUAGUUACUGGUCAAUCAAUUGAGAAGGGCUCAGCUUAAAGCCACUACUGCUCAUCAAAAGAAAAGACUAGAUGCAUUUUGGCCAUGUCCGUGUUUGGGUCGGACCAAGGACACACGAGGUGAUGUUUCCCUCCCGACCCCAAUCUGGGUAAGUGUCAGAGGAUGGAAAUGAAACCUGAAAAAUAGUUCUGAGACUUAGAAUAACCAUAAAUGACAAAUACAAUUCUAAAUCCCAUUUAUGGGUCGGAUUGUUUGGUUAAGGUCAUUAUAAACCAGAUUACCUACCCCUGCUGAAACAAUUUUAGCAAUUUUAAAACAAUGCAUGUUUAAAGCAGCUGCACCUUGGCUGAACUUGUCAGAGAAACGAGGCCACUGUGGAGCUGCCUUGGCCUUACUUCUACAUUCAUGGUUUAUACUGUCUACGGCUCCAGCUGAUAAAGUCUGCAGCUGUGUCUGCUGGUGGCAGCUGUGUUUCAGGUGAUAAGAAAAAAGAAAAUCUUGUAAAUUUAAAUGGCUUGACAGGUAUAAUAGUCAGCAAGGAGUAGGUGUUAUUGAACAGUUAAUUUAAUUUUAAAAAGUGCAGAAGAUUAAUACAAACAGUGGCUAACACACACACACACACACACACUCAAAUAUUUCCAUAUAUUAUGAAUAUUUUUACAAUAUUUUAUAUUUUUAAGCCACAUGAAAUAAACCACAGAACAUCAUCUCAGAUUUUCCUGUGAGUAAUAACUAAUAAGAACCCAACAUAGCAAAUAGAAAAAGGCUAUGUACUGUUAUCUUACUUGCAAAUGCAGUUAAUGAUGCUCUUUUCCCCUUGCUCUGUCCUUUGUGUUAAAAAAAAAGAGAAUAUUUUUACUUGUAGCAUGCCUCUCACCACUACAAAAAAAUUAAGCACUUAUCGGGGGAAAUGCGAAUAUGUCAGAGUAUUUCAGAUUAAAAAGUUUGUGUUUACAGUUGUAUAUAUCCAUACUUGUCAAUGGCACUUUUGUUUGUAUAUAUUGAAAAGUGAAUUCUAAAAAGCUGUCGUAAACUUAUGGAAAUAGAGACAUCACAAUGUAUUUCUAUUGUUUGGUGAUACUUUGAAGCGCUCCGACCUGUAAACGAGUGCAAUUUCGACACGUUCUGUAAUAGUUGUGAACAAUUAGUCAAACUGGAGACCCAGUGAAGCCAAUUCUACCUUACCGAGUUAUUCCAUGUUUAGGACCUUAGAGCUUUGAGCUGUAAUUGUUUAAGUAUAUAUGGACCGAGAACAACUUCGACUACUGUCAUGAUGUGUACAGUUUGUGAUAACUUUUGUAACAAUUUAAAGUAAAUAUUUGGGAUAUAAUUUAUUGUAUCUGUUUCAUAUGUAUUUUAAACACAUAAAUAAAAAAAAUAUCAGUAAAUAACAGUAUGUCUCACUCUGUCUGGGCAGGAAUUAUAUUAGUCUUCUAGUGGCUAAAGAAAUCAAAGUAUAUAAAAGGUGUCUAAAGUAAAAGGGGGCAUUCAUAAAAACCAUACUUGAUUUAAAUUUGGAAAAUCCCGAUGUGCACUGUGCUCCUUGAAGUACCAUUCUGACUAGAAUGGAGGAGUGAGACAAUGACACAGUGCAGAUCUAAUCUUUAAGUAACCAGAACGUGCUACAGAGAGGCAUGCAUAUAUAGCAAAAGUACUGGAGAGAUGCACAAGGAAACAACCUCGAAGGGGAUAGUGACCAAAGUGAAAUCAGGUAGAUUUCUUUUUUUAUAAUCAUAGUUUUUUUGUGUGUGUGUGAGAAAAUAAAGUUUUAAGAGGACUUUUUAAGGUCAUGUGGAAAAAUGAAGUACAGCCUUCUAUAAAAGCAGCAAUUCUAGUUAUUUGAUGGUCUGGAGCAUUCAGGUGUGUGUUAGAAAUUCUAAGGAUGAAAGACCUCAGUGAGGAUCUUAGCGAAGCAGCUGUUAAUGGCCAUCAGUCCAUGAAGGGUUAUAAUUUCCAAACAAUUUCAGCUCCAUCAUUUUACAGCGAAAAAGAUUAUUCACAAGUGGAAAACAUUCAAGACAGCUCCCAAUUUUCCCAAGAGUGCAAAUUCACACUAAGGUCAGGCCAUGCAGUGCUCAGAGAAAUUGCAAAAAUCCGAAGAGCUACGUUUCAGACCCUAUAGUCCAUAGUUAGCAUGUUAAAUGUUACGUUUAAACUUAGCGUGGCUUAGGUUUGCAAAGCUGCAUCUGAACAAACCACCAGACCUCUGGAGCAAUAUCCUUUGGAUACACAAGACAAAAAUGGUGAUAUCUGUAAAUUAAACAAAGCACAGUACCUUAUGUGGCAAAAAAAAUAAAUAAAUGGAGCAUAUCAGCACAAACUCUUUUAACUCUAUUAACUGCCAGGCACACUAGUGGAGGGGUAAUGAUUUGGGCUUGCUCUGGGUUUGAUUGUUCUGCAACCACAGGAGCCAGGCACCUCGCAGUCAUGGAGCAGACCACGAACUCCAGUCAGAUGUCGAGUCCUCUGUCCAGCAGCUAAAGCUUAGCUGAAUCUGGGCCAUGCAACAAGACACAGCAGCAAAUAUACAACAGAAUGUCUGAAAAAGAAAAGAAUCAAGGUGUAGCAGUGAUCCAGUCAGAAGUCCAGAGCACAGCCUGAUUGAAAUGUUGUGGUCUGGACCCUAAGAGAGCUGUGCAUAAAUGAAUUCCUACAAACUGAAACAAUACUGUAAAGAAGAGUUGGCAAAACUCCUUCACAACAAUGUGAGAACCUGACAGUCAUACAGAGAAGAAUUACUUAAUAAAGUUCUUCUACAAGCUAUUGCAUAACAGGGUGUUGUUCUUCACUUUUUGUUUUUCACAAGACUGCAGAGUGAAGGCUCUCUUUGGCCUGACUGUAUUUUGAGAAUUCAUCUUUGGAAAGAAAAGGUUCUGCGGGAACUGUGGGUUUAUUGAUAUGUUUGCUAGAAUGUAGGGAUUUCAACCUGAGCUUUAAACAAGUUUUUGAAACGUUUCAAAACUGGGUCGCAACUACAUCACAUACAUACAAGAGCACACACUGUCUUUAUACACAGGACCAACAAGUAUAGAAAUUACAUCUAUAUUGUUGCUGCAUUGACUGGUAACACUCAAGUGGUCAAAUUAAACUUGCUGAAGUAAAUAAAGCAGAAGGAAAUCUCUGAAG